AUGUCCAGAUCAGGAGUCGGUGUUUCAGAUGACGCUCUAGAAGCCUUCAAUGACUUGAAGCUUGGAAAGAAGUACAAGUACAUUAUCUACAAGAUUAGUGACGACAAGACUAAAAUUAUCGUUGACAAGACUUCCACAGAUCCAUCUUACGAUAAGUUUUUGGAGGAACUUCCAGAGAACGACUGUAAGUACGCUGUUUACGACUUUGAGUACGAGCUAGGUCAGGGUGAAGGUAAGAGAAACAAGAUUGUCUUUUUCCAAUGGUCUCCAGAUACUGCAUCUAUCAGAUCUAAGAUGGUUUAUGCAUCUUCCAAGGAUGCUUUGAGAAGAGCUCUUAAUGGGGUCUCUUCUGAUAUUCAAGGUACUGACUUUUCAGAGGUUGCGUAUGAUAGUGUUCUAGAAAAGGUUAGCAGGGGUGCCGGAUCUCAUUAA